CCCGGAGAGGCGCUUGUCCAGCGCCGCGGAGGCAGCAGUUUCCUGCCCGCGGGAUUCUGCCUCGUGGUUGGCCAUGUCACUGUCCCACCUGUACCAGGACGGGGAAGGUCACAUGGACGAAGAUGAGGACGAGCAUGAGAACUUCGAGAUCACCGACUGGGACCUCCAGAAUGAGUUCAACCCCAACCGGCAGCGCCGCUGGCAGACUAAGGAGGAGGCCACCUACGGCGUGUGGGCCGAGCGAGACUCAGAUGAGGAGAGGCCCAGCUUUGGAGGCAAACGAGCCCGGGACUACUCGGCGCCUGUCAGCUUCAUAAGCGCGGGGCUCAAGAAAGGGGCGGCUGAGGAGGCGGAGCUGGAAGACUCUGAUGACGAGGAGAAGCCCGCUAAGCAGGAAGACUUCCCCAAGGACUUCGGGCCCAAGAAGUUAAAAACGGGCGGCAAUUUCAAACCGAGCCAGAAGGGCUUUGUGGGAGGAACCAAAUCGUUCAUGGACUUCGGCAGCUGGGAAAGACACACGAAGGGGAUCGGCCAGAAGCUGCUGCAGAAGAUGGGCUACGUCCCGGGCAGGGGCCUCGGGAAGAACGCACAAGGUAUCAUCAACCCGAUUGAAGCCAAGCAGAGGAAGGGCAAAGGGGCUGUAGGGGCCUACGGCUCCGAGCGCACCACACAGUCGCUGCAGGACUUCCCCGUGGUGGACUCGGACGAGGAAGCCGAGGAGGAGUUCCAGAAGGAGCUGAGUCAGUGGAGGAAAGACCCCAGCGGCAGCAAGAAGAAGCCCAAGUACUCCUACAAGACCGUGGAGGAGUUGAAGGCCAAGGGCAGGGUUAGCAAGAAGCUCACUGCCCCGCAGAAGGAGCUGUCUCAGGUCAAGGUCAUAGACAUGACUGGCCGGGAGCAGAAGGUCUACUACAGCUACAGCCAGAUCAGCCACAAGCACAGCAUCCCUGACGAUGGGCCACCACCGCCCAGCCAGCCGCCACCACCGCCUGGCAAGGAGGUCAAGGCCCCGGGCUUCACCCUGCCCGAGCUGGAGCACAACCUGCAGCUGCUCAUUGAGCUGACGGAGCAGGAGAUCAUCCAGAGCGACCGGCAGCUGCAGUACGAGCGUGACCUGGUGGUCACCCUAUCGCACGAGCUGGAGCAAACAGCUGCGGUGCUGCGGCGCGAAGAGCGGGUGCUGGCCAACCUGGGCCGAGUGCUGGAGCUGGUGGAGGAGUGUGAGCGGCGCCUGCAGCCCGGCUGCGCAGACCCGCUGACGCUGGCCGAGUGUGCCCGCGUCUUCGAGACCCUGCAGGACAAGUACUAUGAGGAGUACCGCAUGUCCGACCGCGUGGACCUGGCCGUGGCCAUCGUCUACCCCCUCAUGAGGGAGCACUUCAAGGACUGGGACCCCCUCAAGGACUGCACGUUUGGCACCGAGAUCCUUGCACGCUGGAAACGCCUCCUGGAGAACGACCAGAUCCUGUCCCACGGCGGCCAGGACCUCUCGGCGGAUGCCUUCCACAGGCUUAUCUGGGAAGUUUGGAUGCCGUUGGUUCGGAACAUCGUCGGCCAGUGGCAGCCAAGAGACUGCGAGCCGAUGGUGGACUUCCUGGACAGCUGGGCGCACAUCAUCCCCGUGUGGGUCCUGGACAACAUCCUGGACCAGCUCAUCUUCCCCAGGCUGCAGAAGGAGGUAGAGAACUGGAACCCGCUGACGGACACAGUGCCUAUCCACUCGUGGGUGCACCCCUGGCUCCCCCUCAUGCAGGCGCGGCUGGAGCCGCUCUACUCGCCAAUCCGCAGCAAGCUGGCCAGCGCCCUGCAGAAGUGGCACCCCAGCGAUGGCUCAGCCAAGCUCAUCCUGCAGCCCUGGAAGGAGGUCUUCACCCCUGGCUCCUGGGAGGCUUUCAUGGUCAAGAACAUCGUGCCCAAGCUGGGCAUGUGUCUCGGGGAGCUGGUCAUCAACCCGCACCAGCAGCACAUGGAUGCCUUUUACUGGGUGCUCGACUGGGAGGGCAUGCUCUCCGUCUCCAGCCUAGUUGGCCUGCUCGAGAAGCACUUCUUCCCCAAGUGGCUGCAGGUCCUGUGCUCCUGGCUGAGCAACAGCCCGAAUUACGAGGAGAUCACCAAGUGGUACCUGGGCUGGAAGUCUAUGUUCUCAGACCAAGUGCUGGCCCACCCGUCUGUCAAGGACAAGUUUAACGAAGCGCUGGACAUCAUGAACAGGGCCGUGUCCUCCAACGUCGGCGCCUACAUGCAGCCCGGGGCCCGGGAGAACAUUGCCUACCUCACCCACACCGAGCGGAGGAAGGACUUCCAGUACGAGGCCAUGCAGGAGCGGCGUGAGGCUGAGAACAUGGCCCAGCGCGGCAUCGGCGUGGCUGCCAGCUCGGUGCCCAUGAACUUCAAGGACCUCAUCCAGACCAAGGCUGAGGAGCAUAACAUCGUCUUCAUGCCGGUCAUCGGCAAGCGGCAUGAGGGGAAACAGCUAUACACCUUCGGCCGCAUCGUCAUCUACAUUGACCGCGGGGUGGUGUUCGUGCAGGGUGAGAAGACCUGGGUGCCCACCUCCCUGCAGAGCCUCAUUGACAUGGCCAAGUAGAUUGUGAAGGCGGGGCUGCCAGGCACUCCCCACCCCUCCCCGCCCCCAGGAAUAAAUGUGAGCCGCCCCAGGGCUCAGGUUGGUCUGUUCAGGGCUCCCUGGUCAGGCCACCUAGAGUAAGCAAGCCCGAUGGUGCCCCUUAAUACCUGGACUUUGUAUGCAUGUUGGAGCCCUGGUGACAUCAUGAGUUACACACUGGAUUGCUAGCCACAAAGUGGGCAGUUUGAGGGUUUCUCUUCCUGUAGAGACACACCCACGAGCAGCCCUACAGGGUCACUAGGAGUCGGCGGGGACAAGACAGCAGUGAGCAGGCCGGGUUAGGUUUUCGAUUUGUAUGCUUAACAUCCUCCGUGCAGGACAGCUCAUGCCAGUGCUGCCCUCUGUAGGGAGUUCACAACCUCCCUGUCCACCCCCAAGGGCUAGUCUUCUUGGUCACACCCGGCCACCAGAGGGGCCUUUGGCCUCUUCCCUGAUGAUUUCCAGGCCCUCACAGUCCUCAUAGUCCGGCUCUUCCCGGAAGGCCCACGUGUCUGCAGAGAGCUGGCUGAGUCUGUGUGCUGGGAACCAGUGGAUAGCGGUGUCGUUGAACACGUCCAUGUACCGUGAAGUCUCAGGCAGUGCGAGCUCCUCCAGGCCACUGAUGACCUGAGUGGGAACAAGUGUGGGGUAGGGGAGAGCCUGGAGCCCGCCACUUCCCUGCCCUCCUCCUGAGAAGACACAGCAGGGCCCACAACCGUGACACCACGGAUGAAGGAUGCACCAUGGGGAGCAGGCUUAGUGUGGUGGGAGGGGGAGGACGGCGAUGUCACCCUGUCUGGGUAGCCCUGGUUCCAUCCCCCUAAUUCUUCCCAGUUAGACUCAGCAGAACGUCACGUGUGCCGGUGAGCAGGGCGCAGGGCAGGGCAGGGCAGGGCAGGGCCCAGUUUGCCUCGGCGGCCCUCCACAUUACCACCCACCUUGGUCCCACCCAUCCAACUCCUCUGUCCAGACCAUUACCUUUGCGACGUACGGAUAAUUCCGCUGCAGGAUCCUGGUCAACAGCCUAGAAAGGAGAAAGAAGGGUCACCAGGCAGGAGACCUGACCAAGUCAGUCAGGAAACUUGGGGGGUGAGAGGGGAAUGGUGACAAAGGGUGGAGUAUGUUCAGUGGCCAAUGGGAAAAAAGCGCCAAUGCCCGUCUUCAGGGGGAAUGGGGAUGCGGUGAGUGUGUAGCUGUCCUGGAAGCCCCCAGGUGAGUCAAUCACAAAAGGCCAAAUAUUGCCUAAAUCCAUUGUUUAAAAAUUCAGAUAAGUAAAGGGCUUAUGCCAGGAAAGACAAACACCGGUGGUUUUGGG